UGACAUGGCCGUGACGUGCUGGCUCUCCUCCCCCGGCUGUAGUCUUUAAGGGUCACGUUGCUCUGCAGCAGAAACAGGAGACUCCUGCAGCCUCAGCACCCAGCCUACCUGCUCCCUGCACGCCCAGACACCCAUCAGCAGCCAUCAUGACUCACCAGUACCCCUCACUGACUCCUGAGCAGAAGAAGGAGCUGCAGGACAUAGCUCAGAGGAUAGUAGCUCCAGGAAAAGGCAUCCUUGCAGCCGAUGAGUCCACUGGCAGCAUGGCCAAACGUUUGAACCCCAUCGGAGUUGAGAACACAGAGGAGAACAGGCGUCGCUACCGCCAGCUGCUCUUCACAGCCGACCAGCGCAUCGACAGCUGCAUCGGAGGCGUCAUCUUCUUCCACGAAACCCUCUACCAGAACUCAGACGACGGCACUUGCUUCGCCAAGGUCAUCCAAGACCGUGGCAUUGUUGUCGGCAUCAAGGUGGACAAAGGUGUUGUGCCCCUCGCUGGAACAAAUGGAGAGACCACCACUCAGGGUCUGGACGGGCUGUCUGAGCGCUGUGCGCAGUACAAGAAGGACGGUGCAGACUUCGCCAAGUGGCGCUGUGUGCUGAAGAUUAGCGACACCACGCCAUCUGAGCUGGCCAUCUUUGAAAAUGCUAAUGUUCUGGCACGAUAUGCUAGCAUCUGCCAGCAGAAUGGUAUCGUUCCAAUUGUGGAGCCUGAGAUCCUUCCUGAUGGAGAACAUGACUUAAAGCGUUGCCAGUACGUCACUGAGAAGGUCCUCGCUGCAGUGUACAAGGCUCUAUCAGACCACCAUGUGUACCUGGAAGGGACACUGCUGAAACCCAACAUGGUCACAGCCGGACACUCCUGCCCCAACAAGUACAGCAGCGAGGAAAUCGCCAUGGCUACCGUCACUGCCCUGCGCCGCACUGUGCCUCCUGCUGUCACAGGAGUGACAUUCUUGUCAGGUGGCCAGUCCGAAGAAGAGGCCAGCGUGAACCUCAAUGCCAUUAACAACUGUCCACUCGCCAAGCCCUGGGCCCUGACUUUCUCCUAUGGCCGCGCCCUGCAGGCCUCCGCCCUCAACGCAUGGAGAGGAGAGCUGAGCAACGAGAAGGCCGCCACCGAGGAGUUCAUCAAACGUGCCCAGGCAAAUGGUCAGGCUGCACUUGGCAACUACCAGUCUUCUGGCACUGAUGGCGCUGCAGCAAAGUCCCUCUACGUGGCUAACCACGCCUACUAAACAUCAGAAUACCACAUUUAACUGUGGUCUAAUUGUAGUCUUAUAUCUGCUCUGCUGUACCCCCUCACUCCUCCAUCAAUCACGGGCCUGCGCUGUCUACUGUACUUUAGAGUUGUCAGAGUUAUUAAAAUUACAUUAUUAGAUAUAUGUAUUUAAAAACAUAAUGUGAAACUACAAUACUAAAGGGAACAGGCUUUUUUUUUUAAAUAUAAAUUUUAAUCAAACAAAUCAAAAGGGUUUUAAUGACUGAGGUGCAAAACUAUUUUAUGUGUCUGUGACAGAGCUAGGAAGGUAGAGGCUUCAAAAUCUGAACAGUAGAUCCAGAUCAUCGGUCAGUAUUGAAUUCAUUCUCCCUCACGGUAAAUCAUGAGACACUACCAAAAGCAGGCCAGAAUAGCAUGUGUGUGUCGGUGUUUUCUCUUCUGUCAGAACAGUGUUUGCUCAUCCUUAAAACGCUAUAUUAACAUCCUCCCUGACAGUGAGAUUAUUGGUGGCAUCACUACAUCUGUGAAGACGACAAGACUUUGCAGAAUGAGUUGAUCUUUCGAGCGACUGUCCAAAUGCAACGGAGCACUCGUCGCACUCUUCAGACAGCGCUAGGUGUGGUCAAGUGGACCAGUCUGUAAUAAACCACAACACACCAAGACUCAUCCUGAUGAUUCGUCCUAACCUUUCUGUUCACACGCUUCUAAUCACCACUAAUCAGAGAAACAUCCUGUGUGUCUAUUCUAAGUAUAACAUUAGCUUUAAAUUACAUACCGUAAAUCAAUGUAUUCAGUUGUGUUAAGGUGUCGAUAUUAUGUGAUGCUUGUCUGUCAUCCCCCUCUUGACAUUCCCCCCAGCACACCCCAUGGGAAGAGGAGAUGGUUUCUAUAAUGUGGACCAAUUCAUGGGGUCAGCAGCGGGGGAAAUAAUCACUGCUGUGUUGGAGUACUGUGAUCUUUGUGAUGUUAAUAUUGUUGUUGAAGCACUUGGUGUGUCAAAUAGUGGAGAAAAAUAAAAUAAACAUUAAAAACUAACA